UACUUGACAAACACAAACAAAAGAAACAACUAGAUAAGGCAAAAGCCUCACAGAUCGGUCCAAAACUUGCUAUGGGAAUAGAAGUUACAGAUGUUUGCAAGGACAAGGAGCCAGAUUGUGUAAAUACUUAUUCCAAUGGUGUUUCACCUGAUCAUGGUGAUGAAACUUUUGAAAAUCGUCAUGGUGACCUGAAAUCAUACUUGCAUGUUAAUGAGGAUGCUCAGCUUCCAAAUGCAGAAGAAAGUGCUCAAGCAAAAGAUUAUGUAAUUAUGGAAUGUACUACACAAGACUUGGUUGAAAAGUUGGAACUAAGUCAAGUUGAGAAAAGUGAGGAGGAGGCAACCCAAGCAAGCUCUAAUCUUGAGAUAGGUUUGCCUGAUGAAAAGGUCAAGCAGGAAGACCCCAAAACAAAGAAAUAUACCAAAUCAAGAGUUUCCAUGAAACGUGCUACAAAACCUGCUGCAACAAAUGUUCGGAUAAAGCAUACUGUUCCACAGCCUUUUGCACUGGCAACUGAAAGGCGUGCUUCAUUUGCAACCCGUCCUGCUGUUACUGAAGAAGCUGAUGCUGGAACUGGUGUGAAUAAAUCUAAUGCAAACACUGCAAAGAAUCCAAAUGGUCCAAAGCAGAAUCAGCACCCCCAUUUGAUACCAAGGAAGCCACUACAACCUAAUAACAAGAAGCAUCCAGAUGAUGAUGAUUCUUGUUCCAUCACCUCCUCAACUGCAGCAUCUGCCCAGAAUGCUAACCCCAAGAAAACUGCCGUGUCAGCUCCUAUAUUUAGAUGCACCGAACGUGCUGAGAAAAGGAAGGAGUUCUAUUCAAAAUUAGAGGAGAAACACCAAGCUAAGGAGGCUGAGAAAAGCCAAAGUGAAGCAAGGACUAAGGAAGAGAAAGAGGCAGCUAUCAAGCAAUUCAGAAAGAGUUUGACGUUCAAAGCAAAUCCAAUGCCAAGCUUCUACCAUGAGGGACCACCACCUAAGGUUGAACUCAAAAAGAUGCCACCAACUCGUGCAAGGUCACCAAAGCUGGGCCGAAGGAAGAGCUUUAGUGAUGAAGUGAGUACGACUGAAGGAGAUAAGGUAAAAGGAGCUUCUCGUCAGGUUACCCGUCACAGUCUGGGUGCUGUCAAGAAAGACAUCCACACUACCAAUGGGUCCACAAACAAAAAGAAUCAAAAUCAUACACAGAAUGGCCAUACCACUUCCAAGUUCAAGGAUGAAACCAAGAAAGCAGAAGAAAUGAGUGAAUCGAUUCCCCAAGGUAAAGGGACACAGUAAUGCAGAUGUUGCUUUGCAGUCAUGAGUUUCUCUUAAUCUAUAUAUAAUUUAAAAGAGGGAAAGAGUCUUGAUUCUCAUAUCUUAUUGUGCCUUCUCUGGUGAAUGUGUAUUUGUCUCCCUUUAAACCAAAUUUCAAUGACUUAUUUUCUUUAAAGCAUCAAGUGUAAAUUUUCUGUAACUUACAACCAUUUCACAAAUAUAAUGAUUAAGGUGUC